UCCCGUUCUGGUCUGGACUGGACUCUACUGGGCUGCAAUCCCUUGAUCUCUGUCUGUCGCCCAUGGUUUACUCGUUCCAACAUUAGGGUAGCUGCAGUAAAGAAGUUCCCCACAGCCACCGCUGAAAGCAACAACAAAGCAAGCCAGCCCAUUUAUCUCUACAUCGUUCUUCACGCCGCCUCGCCCCUUCUCGAACCUACUUUCCCCUUUUCCGUUUCGGGCUUUGAUGAUGGAUUGAGAUCAUUGACGGAUUGAUUACAUCUCAAUUGACGUCAGAUGAGGACGCAUGGCCGAACAAUCGUUUACGCAUAUCCAUGUUAAUGCUUCUCUGGCCGGCCCAAAAGGAAACCGAACCGUUGUGGCCUGAAAUCGGAGAGUCGGAAUCGAAGCACGGCCACCGUUGAGAGGAGGGACCGCCGCGCCGGAGGAGAUAAACCUGUCUGAGGAGCCGUGAAAAUGGGCAAAAAGCGAGAGCGACGGGCUGGACCCCGUGCGGCUCCCCCGCCGUCCGACAGUUUACCAGACUCGCGCGCUGAACCGUAUCGCAAGUUUACGAAAUUGUUGCUUCUCUUCCUGGUUCCCGUCAUUCCUGCGACAUUAUAUUAUACGCUAACGUCACACCCUCCCGCUCUCGCUCCCAGUUGGGAUACAGAUACCGAUCGACCCUAUGUUUAUCGCCGUGGCCUCGUCACUACGGACAUUACCUACAGACAAGUCCUUAAUGAACAUAUGAGGACGUCGAAGAAUUCGAGUCAGCGGAAUUUCGAUAACCCUGUGUUGGCAUACAUUACACCAUGGAAUUCAAAGGGAUAUGACAUGGCCAAGAAGUUCAACAAUAAGUUCACUCAUCUAUCACCUGUGUGGUAUGAACUGCAAAGUCAAGGAACAAACUUGGUUUUGGAGGGGAGACAUAAUUCAGACAAAGGAUGGAUUGCAGAGAUUAGAAGUAGAGGAAAUGUUCUGGUUUUGCCUAGGGUAGUGUUGGAAGCUAUUCCUGUGGAUUUACUGAAAAAGAAAAAGCAGGCGACCAAAGCAAUUAAUAUCAUCGUAGCAGAAUGCAAGGAAAUGGAGUAUGAUGGUAUUGUAUUGGAGUCGUGGUCUAGAUGGGCAGCAUAUGGAGUCCUGCAUGAUCCAGACAUGCGGAAUAUGGCUCUUCAAUUCAUCAAGCAACUGGGACAAGCCAUGCAUGCUGCAAACUUGCAAGUAGUGUAUGUUAUAGGUCCACCUCGGUCGGAUAAGUUGGAAGAACAUGAUUUUGGACCAGAUGAUCUCAAAAGCUUGGGUAAUCAUGUGGAUGGGUUCUCUCUUAUGACAUACGAUUUCUCAGGCCCUCAGAAUCCAGGUCCAAAUGCGCCAUUGAAGUGGAUCCACUCCACCUUGUCGCUACUCCUUGAUGCCAAUGCUGCUCAUCAUCGAAAGCUGGCAAAAAAGUUAUUCAUUGGCAUAAAUUUUUAUGGCAAUGAUUUUGUUGUUUCCGGAGGUUUAGGGGGCGGGCCGAUCCUUGGAACAGAAUACUUGUCUCUGUUGGAGAAGCACGGUCCCCAGCUGCAGUGGGAGAGGAACAGUGCAGAGCACUACUUUGUGUAUGGCGACGAACAGGACACAAAGCACGUUGUGUUCUACCCAUCGCUGAUGUCGAUGUCCAUGCGGCUGGAGGAAGCUCUGAGUUGGGGAGCUGGUAUCUCAAUAUGGGAAAUUGGGCAGGGUCUCGAAUAUUUCUUCGAUAUACUGUAAUCCCAUCCGAUCCUGCAAAUGGCCAGGGUCUCUCUUGUAAUCUUGGAUCGUUUUACUUACAUGGCAGUCGUCUUGAUUUAUAUGAAGGCAGGGGAGGGGCUAGGCUAAUUUUAUAUGCUAGCUUUGUUAGUGACUUUACUACAGUUAGAUUCUUUUGAAAACAGAGGUUUCUCUGUUAUUGUUCUUUUUUUGAUCACUAUUAAUUUUUUUUUUUAAGACGAUAGCAAUAAGAUGCCAUUAAAAUAUAUACUGUAUAUUAUAUUAAUAUGAAUUAAUUUCUUUUAUAA